AUGACGGAUAAAUUUGAUGUGGAAUAUUUGGCGAUUAAUCAACUAGCUUAUUCGUUCAACAAAUUUACCCAAUUAAACUCGUCUACUGAUACUCCCCAUGAUUUGGUUGAAAUCGCUACUAGAAGUUUUCAGCUCAUGAAACGAUAUGAAGUUGUACAUCCACUUGCUGAAUCAUUGUUACAGUUUUUAUCCAACCAAGGUGUGUCGGUAGAAGAAUGCAGCCACGAAUGGGUAUCAAACACGCGUUCAUUGAAUGAAGCGUACUUAUUACAACUAGAUCAUGACAUGAGGCGUGCUCUUGAUCAAGCAAUGGAGGCAUUAUCUCCUGUACUUUCAGCUGCCUUGUUUGGUAAGAUAAAGAGAGCAAUCAUCAUAACUGCAGUUCAAGGAAGUUACGAAGAAGGAUUGGUAUUAUUAAACAACUAUCUAUCAUUAGUGGACUUUUCGUCUCAGCCAAAAACAAAGGAGAAGUUUAUUGAGAAUAGAUACAUGGAGUUUUUGUUUUACCAGUAUGUUUUGAAUAAAUUUUCAUUGAUUUGGUUUCCAAAUGAAGAUCUCGAAUCACGCAGAACAUCCUCCCUGUUUAAUUCUGGGAAAUACAACAAAGUUACAAUAACCAGUAAUUCGUACAAGCCAAUGAAUCAAAUAUAUUCUAAAACAACAGCCUACUAUCAAAAAAAUGAAACCUUGUUUUCUUCCUCAGAUAUAGAAACACAGUAUUACUGGAGUAUAAAGUUUUUGCAUUUGACAUUAAUGUUCAAGCAGUUCAAGUUUGUUGAGUUUUAUGAUGAAUUCGUGGAGUAUUUCUUGCAUCAAAAAGAGCCAAUUGAUCUUCUCACAGGUGAUCUUGCUAUUCUCAAGACGAACUUAUUGGUGAUGUUUGGAAUUGCAUCAAUAUUCUUGAAACCAUUCAAUUCAUUGACGUUACUGGGAAUUGGGAGAGAUGAUGUGUUGGUUGACUUAUUGGGCGAAGAUCCCGAUAGCUUCGAGUACAAAUUUUACACCCAAGUGAUGAUUCCAUUAUCCAAAUGCAAUUUUAGUCAAGCCAAAGCUUGCUUGGAAAAUCAUUCAUUCGUGAAAGAAAUGUUGGCAAACUUGGAGUAUAAUUUCCCUGUUUCAUGUAGAACCACCGAUGGAAGUUAUGGCCCAUCAUUCAUUGUUUAUUUGAAGUUAAUUAUAGAUAUGAAGAACUUUUUCAUGAUUUUAACUAGUUCAACACAAAUUUCCAAGUCAAAAUUAUUUCAAUUGUUAGGGUAUUCUGAGAGUGAUUCACUGGAUGACAUUCAUGAUUUGAAUAGUACAUUUAUUGGUGUUAUUGUUGCAUUAGACUUGGGUAGAUACGGUAUCACAUAUGAUGCUGGUGAAGAAGUAUUUUCACAUCAACCAGUUGAAGACUCCUCCAAAGAAAUUGCUACUUUACAAGAGAAUAUCGCAGACUUACAAAAUGAAGUUAAAGCAGUCACACUUUCUAACAAAAUGACAGAGUUGCUUUUAGAAAAGUACUUCAGUUAG